CUGAGAGACACCAAUAAACUUGUGGACACAGAAAGGAGACAUAAUUGAACGCGCACAAAAUAAACACACAGUCUGGACACCAACGAAUUCAUCACGGAAUUUCAAGUCAGGUGCAAUCAGAACAACAGCAACGAAUAUAACCAGAAAAAGAAAACAAAAUGUGCCAAACAAUGGAGAACAAAACUAUUAACGAUAAUCGAUAAUGUGCCCAAUUAUAGUGGAGUGUUCGCAAAGAGAGUAGAUUUUAUUUUGUCGUCGGUUUGAGUGACUAUGAAAAGUGGAGUAGAAUCAAAUCUAAAAGUGAGAGAAAAAAGUGGAAUCAAUUUUCAAAACAGUGACAUUUUAUCGUUAUCAUCAAACAAUUUACGCAUUGACAACAGCUUUAAUUGGGUUUGAAGCUUCUUUUCGAAUAGCCCACUCUCGUCAAUGCGGAACGAAUCUCCAGAGUGAAUAGGACACAUUACCAGAAACGAAACGAGCUGCCAUUGAAACGAAGAAAUUUGAUUGGAUGUAAAAGAGCCGAAGGAAAAAGAACUAAAGCCAAACGUUUUUAUCGCAACGGGACCAACUAAUCAACGUCGGAACGAACAACUGCCAAUGUGCCAUUUCAUCGAUAAAUUUGUGCAUAGCUUUUAAGGAAGGAACGAAUACGACGAAGAAAAAAGUGUUUGCGACAAACACACACACAAAAGGAAGAAACGAAAUUCCACUGCCAAUCUUAAUAGAAAAAUUUUGAAAUCCCGAAAAGUUCUUUUUUCGUGGAUUGUUUUUUGCUUAGAAAAUACAAACAAAAAUACACAGAAUAAUAAAUCAAACAAAAUGACAACGCGAUCAAGACAGAAAUUAUCGUCAAUAUUGGCUGUAUUCAGCAUAGUUGCGUUGCUAUUAUUAUUAUUAUUUGUGUGGACGGCCGUACGAAAUGGAGUAUUUUCGAAUGCCAACGAAAAUGGCUCAUACCGAUGGAGACCGAUCGAUACGAGCGAUUCGUCAACAUUAUUGCCAUUGGACGAACAUUCAACGCAUCAUCAUUCACACGGACAUCAUCACGCUCCACAUCAUCAUCACCAUCAUCAACACAAUGAGUCAACGACAUCACAUGGUGGUAAUUCAACCGAGUUUGAGGUGGGCUCAUCGUCGACAUCUUCAUCAACGCAUCAUCAUAAUCAUACAGCGAGCAAACAACUUCAUGAAACGAUUCCAGAUGAUGUCGAUUUAACUGAAGUGGAUCAACUCGUAAAACCAUCUAAAGUCCAUGUGCAACCUCUGCACGCCGAUGAUCUUCUCUACGAAUCAACGAAAUACGAACCAGGCGCAGAUGUCGAAGGUAAAGUGCCGGAGCAUCGUAUAACUGGUCAAUACCGUAACAAAUCGAGCCGCAUUUGGGAUCCCCAUCCACAAUAUCUCAUCGAUGCAUUCGGUGUGCAUUUGCAUUUGAUUUUGUAUCAAGACAACGAUUUUAUUCCAAAACAUCUGAAGAUUACACACGUUUGGAAUAAUUUUAUGGAACGUAAAGUCGAAGAUAUUCGCGAGCACGAAGAAUUACGCAAUUGUUUUUAUCGUGGACGCGUUCGAACGGAUGAUCGAUCGGCGGUCGCUGUCUCGCUGUGCGAUGGCAUGCGCGGUCAUAUUUACACUUCGUCCGGAUCGUUUUUCAUUCAACCAGUCGAGAAAUACACGUUAGACAAUCAGAAUAUUCUGCACAAAAUAACACGAGAGAAACUACCGAUCGAUCAAGUGAGCAUCGAUACGUAUCGCAACGGAAAGGUGUUGGUGGAUGAAAUCGGGCUGCAUGAAGAUGACGACGAAAAGAUCGACGAAGACGAUGAAUUGAAUCAGGAAAUCGAAGAUGAGCUCGAUUCAAAUGAGAGCAUUUUGAGUGAAACAACAACCAACAAUGGGACUGAUAAUUUGGACGCACCCAUUGUUACUUGCACCUCGGAAGAUGGAAAGAACUGUAGUGAGGACAAUCAAACGAGUGCCACUGAAAGUUGGACUUCAUCGACGGAGUCGGUUGAUAGUUCGACAAUGGCUUCGUUUAUGGAUUCAACGCAACAGAUGGACGAUUUGGAAGAUUUCACUUUGGAGCCCACUGAAAGUACUGAAGGCACUGAAAGUGCAACAGAUUUUGAGACAACAACUACGAAAACGACCACAUCUCCACCACGGUUGUCUCGACGAAAGCGACACAUCAACUUUCCAAGCAGUAACACAGGCGAUAAUAACGCAUACACAAUGGAAGUGAUGGUGGCUGUCGAUCGCAAAAUGCACGAAUACCAUGGCAACAAUAUUCAAGAGUAUGUGCUAACGUUAAUGUCAAUCGUAUCGAAUAUUUAUGCCGAUGCUAGCAUUGGAAAUUCGAUCAAUGUGGCCGUCGUACACAUCUUCUAUCUCAGAGACGAUUUGCAUAUGGAAUCUAAUCACAAUGGUGUAUCCGCUUCACAGAUGCUAUCGAGAUUCUGUAAGUUUGUGCAACAUCAUCAAUUCCAUCAUGACACCGCUCUUCUGCUAACAAGAGAACAAAUUUGCCGAAAUGCAAAUCAAAAGAAAUGUGAUACUUUGGGACUGGCGGAAUUGGGUACCAUGUGCCGACCAUCGUCGUGUGCAAUCGUCCAAGACAAUGGACUUUCAGCGGCAUUCACCAUUGCCCAUGAAUUGGGACAUGUUUUGAGCAUGCCCCAUGACGAUGACAUCAAAUGUGCCCGAUUUCGUAAUGAAGACGGUAGCAGUUCGCAGCAUAUAAUGGCUCGAAUGUUAGACGACAACACACAUCCCUGGUCGUGGUCGGCUUGUUCGCGUCAUUAUGUCACCGAGUAUCUAGAGCACAAUCGAGGUUUUUGUAUGUUGAACAAACCACGGCACGAUAUGAUCGAAUCAUCACCGCAGCUAUUGGCCGGCGAACGGUUUCCAGCCGAUCAACAAUGCGAAUUGGCAUUUGGGCCAAAUACUAAAGUUUGCCCGUUCUCAAUCACUGUUAGUAUUUUAGGUCGAAAAGUUGAUCAGCCACCGUGCGUUUCGCUUUGGUGUGGCAGUGAUAAUGAAGGUUGCAAGACACAGCAUCUUCCCUGGGCUGAUGGAACCGAAUGCGGUACCGGCCAUUGGUGUCAACAUGGAAAAUGCGUUCCACGAAAUCGCCAAGCUUUGACCAAAGUCGAUGGCGGAUGGGGACCUUGGAACUCAUUCGAUCAAUGCAGUCGAACUUGCGGCGGCGGUGUUCAAUCGUCAACACGUGAAUGCGAUUCUCCUGCCCCGAGCAAUGGCGGAAAAUAUUGUAUUGGAACACGAAUCAAGUAUCGAUCAUGCAACAUCCACGAUUGCCCUGCAGACACACCAGACUUCCGUGAGCAGCAAUGUGCUGAAAUGAACAACAACAACUUCGGCAUUCAGGGUCUUGACGCGAAUGUUAGAUGGGUACCAAAAUAUGGUCAAUCACCACACGACGAAUGCAAAUUAUACUGCCGUGUCGAGAAAUCGAACAACUACUUCUUAUUGAAUGAUAAGGUUAAAGAUGGCACACCGUGUAGCCAUGAUAGUUUUCAUAAAUGCGUCAAUGGAAUCUGUCGUCCCGCUGGUUGUAACAAUCAGUUGGAUUCGGAUUCGAAAUUGGAUAAAUGUGGUGUAUGCAAUGGUAACAAUGAUACUUGUAUCGAUAUCGUUGGCAAUUUCCGACCCGAGCAAAUUGAAAAAGCAAAGGAGUACAGCAAAACACGAGAUUACUACCAUGUAACAAUCAUCCCAAAAGGAGCUGCAAAUAUUGAAAUCCUACAGCCUGGCUAUUCGAACGAUCUCAAUUAUAUCGCUUUAAUGGACGACCAAGGCGAGUAUAUUUUUAAUGGACAUAAUGUUAUCACGGAAUAUCCGCUAACUUUCCCCUAUGGUGGAGUCACAUUCGAAUACACUGGAACCAAUUCGACAUUGGAAAAAGUCAAUACAACAUUCGCACGCCGUCUAAAACGUGAUUUAACUAUUGAGAUUUUAUCACGAAGUGACAAUUUCGUAACGAAUGAAUUGAUUCGAUAUUCCUACACGAUGGAUUUGAAUGAAACACGAAAUACGCACGUUCAUUUCUAUCCGUAUAAUUACAAUCAAAAUCAAAAUUCAAAUUCGAGAUCACAGCAACAACAACCAUCGGCACGUCAGUAUCCAACGCAAACUGUACAGUACAAAUGGGAAAUGUCACAGUGGAGUGAAUGCAAUAUUCUAUGCGAUGGUGAACAAUUCCGUACGGCCGCUUGCGUACAAAUCGAUACAGGACGCCAUGUGUCACCGUCAUCGUGCCGUGAACCAAAACCAGAAGACGAAUACCAACCCUGUAAUGUUGGAUGCGUCGUUGAGUGGGAAAUUCAACGAACAAAAUGUUCAGCAGAAUGUGGCGAAGGAGUUCAGCAACUGUCGUAUUCGUGUAUACAAACAUUCCCGCAAUCGAAUCAUCGCAAGGUCGUCGACGAUUCACAUUGUCCAACCAGUCAAAAGAGCAAACUCUAUGAAAAGUGCAUGGGCCCAUGUGCGUCAGCUACUUGGACAUACGAAGAAUUUGGACCGUGUUCAAAAAUAUGCAACGGUGGAAUUCAAAGUCGAACUGCCUAUUGUACUUCACAUCAUCGCGGCCACAUCAUUGAUGACAAAUACUGUGCAAAUAUACAGAGAGAAAGCUUAGAACGAGCUUGCAACACACACGAGUGUCCGAAAUGGCAAUUUGGCGAUGAAUCAGCGUGUUCGGUAACGUGUGGCUCCGGAUAUAAGACUCGUUCAGCGAUUUGUGUACAAAAUAAUAAAGUAGUCAAUGUAAACGAGUGCGAUGCUAAAACGAAGCCAAAAGAUAUAUACAGUAGUUGCCAGUUGGAACCGUGUUGGAGAAAGAAUCCCACCCCAACUCCAGUAUUAUAUUCGAGAGAUAAUUCCCCAAAUAUCAUCACUAGUUAUAGAAAUAGGAUCGAUACUGGCGUUAAGCCAUCUGUCACGUAUCGAACGACGCCAACAAGGAAAGUUUACACCACAACGACAAUCACAACUACAACACCAGCACCAACUACAAGAUCAACAACGACGACGACGACGACGACUACAACAACGCCAAAAAAUACAUACCCUCAGCCAAGACAAAGCUAUCGAUUCCUUUGGCGAACGAGUCGUUGGUCACCAUGCUCGGCCACUUGUGACGGAGGCUACCGUAUUCGGGCUGUUCGAUGCGUUAGUGAAUCUUCGAAUCAAGUUGUUGAUGAUCGUUAUUGUGUCGAAGAAAAACCGGUGAACAUUACCAAUUGUGCUCAGCAACGAUGCCCGAAAUGGCGAACCGGCGACUGGGGUCAGUGUAAUGAUAAUUGUAAGCAAUACCGUCAAGUCAUCUGCCAGGACGAUCGACAUCACGCCAACAUUACGAAUUGUCCAUUGAAUACUCGACCACUAAGUACUCAAGAAUGUUGCCAAUUUAAAUGGAGAAAUCUUUGGACACCGUGUUCCGCUGAAUGUGGAAAUGGAACGCGUAGUCGACAACGUGUUUGCAUGCGAUUAUACCCACGAGUCCAAAAUGCUAAGACUCAAGUACGUAAAAAGGGUCAACCAGUCGGAGAACGCUACUGCCAACACAUGAAGCAACCUCCCUUCAUACCAAAAAUGAAAGUUUGCCGUAAACAAGCGUGUGCCGCACCGAAAUGGGAGGUCACUCCAUGGACAAGGUGUUCGGUCGGCUGUGGCAAGGGAUACUCAACGCGUGAGGUCAAAUGUAUGCUCAGUGGCACUAAAGUGAAUGAGCUGAUGUGUGGAAAUCAGGCAAAACCAAUAGCCACGCAACACUGUGAAAUUACAAGUGAUUGCAAAUGGAAGGCUGGACCAUGGAAACCGUGUUCAUGUAGUGGCUACACCAAACGAAGGGUUCAGUGCUUUGAUAUGAGAUUGCAUCGUCAAUCAAAUAGUUGUCCGGAUGCAAACAAACCCGACCAGAAAAAGAGAUGCGAUCAACCAGCAACUUGUACAUGCAAAGGAUUGCAAAAGACACACCGAGUAAAAAUGGAUGGUGAUUAUCUUUUAACAGUUCGUGGACGAAAGGUGCAGAUUUAUUGUCAUCGUAUGAAUUCUACAAAUCCACAGGAGUACAUUUCAUUGAGAGAUGAUCACGAGAACUAUUCUCUAUACUUCGAUCGCCGAUCCCGAAAUAAAGAUGAAUGUUCGGUCAGUGAAUCUCAGCAAUGGAUGGAUCCAUCGCUUGCAUCUGGGUUAACAUAUUUCUCAAAAGUUCGAAUCGAUUUGCAUUCGCUUCAAGUGAUAAUCGAUGAUUUCACAUUUGCUCGAACGAGCGGCAGACGACAGCAGCCAUUCGGUUCGGCUGGUGAUUGUUUUUCAACCACACAACAGUGUCCACGGGGUGCCUUUUCGAUUAAUUUGGAAAAUACAAAGUUUCGCAUAAGGCCAAAGACACGAUGGGAAACGCGUGGCAUGAAUGCCAUUCAACAUUUCUAUGGAGUGAGUUUCAUUUUGUUUUCUCCAUUUUUUGUUCAAAAGAAUCUAAUUUAUCUUCUUAUUUCCUCCUUCCAGUUCGAACCUCCCUAUCAGAAAGUAACAUCGUCAUGUGGUGGUUACUGUGGCAGCUGUUUCCCAUCCCGAGACACCGGUCUACAUUUGGAAGUCAUUUAAAAGCAACAUCGAAUCCAGGGCACUUGAACAUUUUGCAUUAGAAUCUAGUUAAUUGGUGAUUUUACUAUAGAAAGAGACUCAAUUUCUUUUUAUGCUUUUUCGCCAAGGAACAGUCGUUGAAAAGAAAAAUCACCGUGAUUAAACCAAAUACCAUAAAAAACACACACACACACACACACACAGGAUAUUUUUUUCAAAUAUCCCAUUAGAUCGCAUCAAAUGCUCGCAGUUACUUCAUUCAAUUUCAACAUUUAAAUUUUCGUACAAAUUCACAUAACAAAACGGAAAAAAACGGUCGCAUUUUAAUCUUUUUUUUUAGUCAUGUGACGCUGCUAGUAAAACUCGUAAUUCAGAAAAAUCGCAAUCAUUCAUACAGUGUAGAACACGAAACACCGAUGCCAUAUUAUAGCUCAUCUCUCCAUUCAUUCAUCAAUUUAUUUGCCAUAAACAAUUACAACCAACCAAUUGUAUUUAUUACAUUUUGAUGCACUUUUUUAAACUUGUCACAUAUUUUCAUUCGCUUCUAUGUUUACUACUCCAUUAUUUUUUUCGUGUAAGAAACGGAUAAUAGUCUUUUUUUUGUUUUAACGAAAUUUACACGCAAAAUAGUAGAAAUCAGAAAGAGAAAAAAAAACGUCAAUAGCGAAUUAUGUAUUUUUGUAUUGUAAUUAUUUUCAAAUUUUUAGUUUUUAUGUUUUUUUCUUCGUUUAAUUUUUACUUUUAAUUAUUUGAUAAUUUAUAAGCUUUUUCAACUAAAAAUUUCGAUGUAUUGCAAUGAUGGCACAACCAAUCUUCAUACACUUUGAUUGAUUCCGAUUGAAUUGUAUGCGGAAGUUUUACGAAUUGGUGCCACACCGAUAGCAUUACACGCAUUUUUAGUGUGUAUUUAUUGCCUGAGAUAUAUUAUCUUAUCUAAAUGUAACGCAACUUUUUAUUUAGAAUGAAUUAUUCAAAUAGAAUCAAUGGAAAAAGAUUGAAGAAAACGAUAUAAAUAAAUGUGAAAUUAUGUCAAAAGUAAGAAAA